CGCCUGGCCGGAAGCGGCGCGAUGGCGGCCCGAGCCCGGCCCGGUGCGGCCGCGGCCCCGGUUCCCCGCGGCCCCGCGGGCUGAGGCCGCGCCCGCCCGGUGCCCUCUCCGGUGCGACCCCCGCGCCUGACACCGCCAUGGCGCUCAUCGAGGGCGUCGGCGAUGAGGUGACGGUGCUGUUCGCGCUGCUGCUGGCGGCCGCCGUGCUGGGGCUCGCCUGGGCCUCCACGCGCGCCCCCGAGCCCGCGGCGCCGCCGGCUGAGGCGGCCCCGAGCACGGCUCCCGCCGAGCGCAAGGCCUCGGCCCCGGCCCCGAGCCCGGCCCCGGCCCCGGCCCCGGCCGAAGGAGCGGCGGCCUCCGAUGAGGCGGCGGGGCCGCGGCACCGGAGCCCUCCCGCGGCCAGCGCCGAGGGCCCCGCCGAGCCCACGCUGGUGCUGCGGCUCAAGUUCCUGAACGACACGGAGCGCCUGGCGCGGGUGCGCCCCGGGGACACCGUCGGGGCGCUCAAGAGGACCUACUUCCCGGGGCAGGAGCAGCAGGUGCGGUUGAUCUACCAGGGGCAGCUGCUGCGUGACGAUGCCCAGAGCCUGGCAGGGCUGCACCUGGGCCACCUGAGCGUCCUGCACUGCCACCUGUCCCCGCCCAGCGCGGCCCCCACGGCUCCCGGCACCCCCGGUCCCCGCAGCCCCGCGCCCGCCGCGCUGGGCGUGGGCAGCCUGGCGCUGCCGCUCUUCGUGCUGCUGCUGGCCCUGCUCUGGUACCUGCAGCUGCAGCACCGGCACGUCUUCACCGCCACCGCCACCACCUGCCUGGCCGGCCUCACCCUGCUCGUCACCUUCGUGGCCUUCGCCAUGUACCGCAGAUAGCGCGGCCCGGACCAGCACCGGGGACACGCGAGACCUGGAGCCACACCUGGGACCCUCAGAGCCUGCCCGACCCACCGGGGACGUGGAGGACUCUGCAUCCAGCCCCCUCAGCAUACUGGGGGCACGUGGGGCCCGCCUGCUGCAGCUGAAGAGGAGCGCUGGGCCCUGGACUGUGUCCCCGGGGGCCCUGGAGUCCCGAGCAGGCGCCCACACCUUGUCUGCACACAGGGGCUGUGUGGGAGUGGGGGCUCAGCUACCUCGGGGGGGGGGUCCCGGUGCCCCCUGUCCCUGCUGGCAGCAUGCCCCCAUGCACUCGGCGUGCAGGAGCCCCUCGGGUGCGGUCCUGCCCGAGCUGCUGGCCGUGCCCGCGGAGCUUCUCCUCCUGGGAAUACGGCCUGGCCCCUCCCUGGGGCAGCUCCCGAGGGUCCCGGUGCCCGGGGAGGGACGUGAGCCCUGGGGUGCCGAGGCUCCUGGUGCCGGCGGGAUGCGCUCCUGAGGUGCCUGUGCCGGGGGAGGAUUCGUGCCCCCCAAGCGGUCCCGGUGCCGGGGGUGGCUGCACUCCCACUGUCCCGGGGGUUCCCAUGCUGUGUUGGGGGGUCCCACCCCCCACCGCCGUUCCGAUUAAAGCGGAAAGACUGUGA